AAAAACUCGCGCACCGAUGAAAACGCACCCCCUCAGGUAAAAAGUACUGCGGGAAGGAAUCUCAAUUAUAAUAGACCUCUCAACUAUCCCCUAUCUCAAAUCUCUCCUCUUCAAACCCCGUGGUUGAACCAUGGGCGCGAAGAAGAGCAAAAAGGGGCUCCCGUGGCCUGAACCACGGUUCGAAGAAGAUCCUGAUAUACGCGCAUAUGCGACCACCAUCGCCAAAGACCUCACAGCAAUUAAACAGCAUGCUGAAAAGGUUGAAUCAGGCCUGCCGCCGGGCCUUACUCACCAGAUUCUGGAUGCCCUCAUUGGAUUCGCGCAGCGAGUCCACAAGGCACCCACGAUCGAGGCCCUCGCGCAUCGCCUCGCCCGCGUCGAAUCACACAUGGAAAAGACACAAAAAGAAGUGUCUCAAACCUCCCGUGAGGUCUUGACGACCAAAAGCAACACUAACCGCCUGAUUGAGGCCAUUUGCGCUCCCUCACCCCCUGGAUCUCGCAUCCUGAAAACCUCGAUGAGCUUUGGUCACGUGACUGGGAGCAGCAGCUCCGAGUCCUAUGUCCACGCUUGGGGACGCAAGGUGCCUUCGCACCCCCCUACAGUUCCAAGCCUCAGCCUGUCAAGCGGCAACAGCACUCCUUUGACCCCGUACCCGGCCCAAGAAGAUCUCGAGAUCUACCUCGAACGCACUGAUAGCGAGGUGAUCAACCCUCUGCGCCGACACCUCGAUGAGGUUGUCAAGCGCGCCAAUCAAGCGGUUCAAUCGCUUCAAGAGCCGACCAUCUCCCACCGGCGCUUCGCUGCACACCGUUGA